GCUUGUUGCAUUGUUGGUUAACGUAGUACUGUGCGCUGGAGGCAGAAUUUCCUCCACGCCAGGUGAUAAUAGUCAUUAUGUAGAAGGAGUUAGCCGCUACAUUUGGAUGCCCGACGGUGACGAGGUUCCACAUAUUGUUGACUUACAUGCACCUGCUGCGGACGCUGUAGGCCUUAAUGGAGCUAAUAAUGAAUAUUGGCUCUAUACAAGACGCAAUCCCCACAGUCACCAAGUUUUAAGGCACAACGACCAGAACUCCAUUCGGAAUUCUAACUUUAAUCCCAAUAGACCCAUCAAAGCUAUAGUUCACGGCUGGAACAGCAAAGGGACUUCAAAAAUGAAUCCCCAAAUUCGGGAUGCCUUACUGCAAAUCGACGAUUUUAAUGUUAUAAUCGUUGACUGGCGUAGAGCAGCUAUGGGCACAUACACGACAUCAGUACGCGCUGUUCCAAGCGUUGGCCAACAUCUCGGACAAUUCCUGCAAUGGCUGAUCAACAAUUUCGGCGGUAACUGGAACAAUGUGCAUUUAGUUGGAUUCAGUUUGGGAGCUCACGUUGUAGGAAACGCAGGCAGGACAGUUAACAACCGAGUUGGACGUAUUACAGGUCUUGACCCUGCUGGUCCUCAAUGGGGCAGAAACUCGAAUGCUCUUAGAAAAAGCGACGGCGUGUACGUAGAAUCGAUUCACACUGACGGAGGCCUGUUGGGUAUUUUCGAUCCGAUUUCUGACGCUGAUUUUUACCCGAACGGUGGAAGGAACCGUCAGCCCGGUUGCUUGGUGAGCACGUGCUCUCACAGCCGAGCAUACGAGUUGUUCGCUGCUAGUGUUGUGUACAGAACCCGCUUCAAUGGACAAAAGUGCGGAAACCUUAACGACGCUCAGAGGAACCGAUGCACAGGAUCCACACUGCGUAUGGGUAGCGCUGAUCUAAAUAAGCGAGGAUCUGGACUCUAUGCACUCAGCACUGGAUCAAAAUGGCCUUUCUAAGAAUCUAGAAAAGACAUAUCUUUUACUAAUCUUGAAUAUGCUGAAUACUGAUGAAACUCUG